GUUGUUUUUAACCAUGCUUGUCUGUGAUUGAUUGCUUCAGCUCAUAUUUUCAUCAUGUCGGCUUCUUACAUAAAGCGAAAAUAAAAAUAAUCAAAAGUUGUCUUCCUUUUCUUCAUUUCUCUCUCUCAUUUCCCGGCGACAACUCAGUUUCUCUCAGACAUCACAAACCUGUCUGUUCUGUUCCUACCUUAAUCCUCACAAAACUUCUUCUUACUUCCCCAUUUUCUGCUUUUUCCCAUUUUUGUUCUUAUUUCUUUCUCUUUGUGUUUUUUGUGUUUAUGGGUUUGUUUUAUUGAUGUUGCUGUUCCUUUUUUUGGUGUCUUAAAGGUGAUUCCUUUUGUCUUGUUUUUAUGUUGGGUUAUGUUUUUUUUUUUUGUUCUUUUUUGAAUUUUUUUUGAGUAAUUUGUUGAAAUGUAUUUGUUAUACAGAUUUUGGCUUUUUGGGCACCCUUUGUUUCACUUGUUUUAGUUGCAAAGUUCUGGUUUUUGGAUGAUUUUUGAGGUUUUGAUUCUUCAAGUUGAAGGAUUUUUCAUUUGUUGGGAUUUUCUCUUGUUGAAGAUUGAAGAUUCAGCAUUGAAAUUUGAGCUGGUGGUAGCUUGAUUGAAGAAAGUUAUUCAAAUUUAAAACUUAUUUGGGUUUGAACCAAAAAGUUAAUUAGUGGCAUUUUUUUGGGGAAAAAGUGACUUUUUUUGUUGAUUAUGCUAUGUUAUUGAAUAACUUUGUGGUAAGAAUCAAAAGGGGUUGUUAUUUCUGAGGAAGUGUUGCUGAUGCUAUUUUUGGAGGAUUUGUUGAAGUUAAGGUUGUGUUAUUGUGGAAUACUUGAGGAACAAGGUUAAAUCUUGCCUUGUUGCUAAGGAAAAAACGACCAAUUGUUGAAGUUUUUUGAAGGGUCAUCAACACUUUUUUAGGUCAUAAUGAAGGCUCCUUCUAAUGGUUAUUUGCCUAAUUCUGGUGAAGGUGAAAGGAAAGCCAUCAAUUCAGAGUUAUGGCAUGCUUGUGCCGGGCCCUUGGUUUCUAUACCUCCCGUUGGAAGUCUUGUUGUUUACUUUCCUCAAGGACAUAGUGAGCAAGUUGCAGCAUCCAUGCAAAAGGAGGCAGAUUUCAUACCAAGUUACCCUAACCUUCCAUCCAAGUUGAUUUGCAUGCUUCACAAUGUUGCGCUACAUGCUGACCCUGAAACUGAUGAGGUAUAUGCACAGAUGACCCUUCAACCUGUAAAUAAAUAUGACAAGGAAGCAAUGCUUGCUUCAGACAUGGGACUAAAACAAAACCAGCAACCAACUGAAUUCUUUUGCAAAACACUAACAGCUAGUGACACUAGCACUCACGGUGGAUUUUCAGUACCUCGUAGAGCUGCCGAGAAAAUAUUCCCACCUCUGGACUUUUCAAUGCAACCACCAGCUCAAGAAAUAGUUGCCAAAGAUUUGCAUGACACUACAUGGACGUUUAGACAUAUUUAUCGCGGACAACCAAAGAGGCAUCUAUUGACUACUGGUUGGAGUGUCUUUGUUAGUAUGAAAAGGCUCUUUGCCGGAGAUUCUGUUCUUUUUAUCAGAGAUGAAAAGCAGCAACUUCUUUUAGGUAUAAAGAGAUCCAGUAGACAGCAACCAGCGCUAUCUUCAUCGGUAAUAUCAAGUGAUAGCAUGCAUAUUGGCAUUCUUGCCGCUGCGGCUCAUGCUGCUUCGAAUAAUAGCCCAUUUACUGUAUUUUAUAAUCCCAGGACUAGCCCCUGUGAAUUUGUGAUUCCAUUGGCCAAGUAUAAUAAAGCACUGUACACUCAUGUUUCUCUUGGAAUGAGAUUCAGAAUGAUGUUUGAGACCGAGGAUUCAGGAGUACGCAGAUAUAUGGGCACAAUCACUGGGAUCAGUGACUUGGAUCCUGCCAGAUGGAAAAAUUCACAAUGGCGUAAUCUUCAGGUUGGAUGGGAUGAAUCUACAGCUGGUGAGCGCCCAAGCAGAGUUUCAAUUUGGGAUAUUGAACCUGUUGUGACCCCUUUCUACAUUUGCCCCCCUCCAUUUUUUAGGCCAAAGUUCCCCAAGCAACCAGGAAUGCCAGAAGACGAGUCUGAAAUAGAAAAUGCUUUCAAGAGAGCUAUGCCGUGGCUUGGAGAUGAACUCGGCAUGAAAGAUGCCUCAAGUUCAAUCUUCCCCGGUUUGAGUUUAGUCCAAUGGAUGAGCAUGCAGCAGAAUAAUAAUCAGUUUUCUGCUCCUCAAUCAGGACUUUUACCUCCAUCCAUGCUUUCAUCAAACACAAUGCAUGCUAACCUUAACACCGAUGAUCCAUCCAAGAUAUUGAACUUUCAAUCCCCUGCUGGACUCUCUGCUCCAAGUCUUCAAUUUAACAAACCUAAUUUACCAAACCAAGUCAAUCAAUUGCAACAGUCGCCGAAUGCGUGGUCUCAACAGCAACAACAGCAGCAGAAGAUGCUGUCGAUGUUGCAAACACCGUUAAACCAGCUGCAGCAACAACAACAGCAGCAGCAGAGGCAACAUCAACUGGCUGGACCACAAAACCUGCCGCAGACUCAGCAACAACAGCCCCAACUGACUCAACCGAACGCACAUCAGCCUCAACAACAGCAACACCAACAACUACAACAACAGCAACACCAACAGCCGAAUCAAAACACCACUAUGAAUAAUGGAACAGUUGGUUCUAACCAGAUGCCGAAUCAGUGUGUACAGCAACCUGUAACGUACUCUCCCCUUCAGCAACAGUUGCUCUCAGGAAAUGUCCAAACCCAACAAAAUUUCCAGUCAGUUGGCAAGAACGGGUUGAUAAUGACAUCCUUACCGCAGGACUCGCAAUUUCAGCAACAGAUAGACCAACAACAACAAGCUGGUCUCUUACAGCGGCAGCAGCAGCAGCAACAACAAACACAGUUGCAACAAUCUUCAUUACAGUUAUUGCAACAAAGCAUGUUACAAAGAGCGCCACAGCAAUCACAAAUGACUCAGAUUUCGCCGAAAAACACCUCAGACCAACAACAACAGAUGCAGUUGCUACAGAAGUUGCAGCAACAACAGCAACCACUUUCCACAUCUUCCCCACUUUCGCAGUCUCAGCUUCUGCAGCAACAAAACCAGCAACCGCAGCAGCCUAUGUCACAGCAUCAUCAGCCUCAACAGCCGCAACAGCUCGGUAACAAUGCAUUCUCAAUGGAGAAGCUUCUCAACAACAAUUACUCUUCUUCAGCUGUCAUGCAUCCGCAGCAGCUUCCUGUGAACAAUCACCAUAAUACACAAAAAUCACCGACAAAUACUAGAGCUCCUUCCGCUUUUACAGAUGGAGAUGCCCCAUCAUGCUCAACUUCGCCAUCUACUAAUAACUGUCAGACAUCGCCUCCAAACCUCCUGAAAAGAAAUCAACCAGAGCCAUUUGGAGGGCCUUUGAUAGUUGAAACCAAUACUAAUAUGAUGCAGGAGCUUCAAAGUAAGUCUGACAUGCAGAACAAACACGAAUUACAAGGUGUAAAAGGACCUGACAAGCAAAAGUACAAAGGGGCUAUCAAUGAUCAGAUGGAGGCUUCUUCCGGAACAUCUUACGGUAUUGAUCCUGGCAACAUCCACCAAAACUUUCCACUUUCCAACUUCUACAUGGAUAGUGAUGUCCACUCGCAACAACCAAGAAGUAACUUACCAUUUGCCUCUAACCUUGAUGGAUUAACACCUGAUCCUUUGCUCUCACGAGGGUAUGAUUCUCAAAAAGAUCUUCAAAACUUGUUGUCUAAUUAUGGUGGUGCUCCAAGAGAUAUUGAAACUGAGCUGUCCACUGCUGAUAUUAGUUCACAGUCGUUUGGUGUGCCGAACAUGUCUUUUAAGCCAGGAUGCUCAAGUGAUAUUGCUAUCCCUGAUACUGGCGUUAUGAAUAAUGGCUUGUGGUCUAAUCAGGCUCAGCGAAUGCGAACAUAUACUAAGGUUCAAAAAUGUGGCUCGGUCGGAAGAUGUAUUGAUGUCACCCGUUACAAAGGAUAUGAAGAACUCCGGAAUGAUUUGGCUCGUAUGUUUGGGAUUGAAGGGCAGCUAGAAGAUCCUCUAAGGACUGACUGGAAACUAGUAUAUGUGGAUCACGAAAACGACAUUCUUCUCGUCGGCGAUGACCCUUGGGAAGAAUUUGUAAACUGUGUUCAAAGCAUAAAGAUACUAUCAUCUGCCGAAGUACAACAAAUGAGCCUAGAAGGCGACUUAGGUUAUGUUCCAAUCACCAAUCAAGCUUGUAGUGGUUCAGAAAGUGGUAAUGCAUGGAGGGCACAACAGUAUGAUGAUAACUCUGCAGCCUCGUUUAAUCGAUAAGCUCAUCGAGUAUUUACUUUCUGCAGCAAUUCAACUUGUACACAUUUAGGGAAAUGGAAAAGUCUAACUUAACCCUUCAAAAUUUCUUCUUCUUGCUUCUUUGUCUUGAAGUGAGACCUAUUCAUUGCAAAAGAUGCAGUUCAUAGUUUAUACAUAGCUGCAUACGGGUUCGAUUUUAAUGGUGAGAGAGAAGUUUAGAUCUUUAGAUGUACCAAGAACAGAAUCCUUUACUAUAAGAUGUUACUUUUGAACAUGCUUUAUGGUAGCUGCUAGUGAUUGAUUAGGAUUUAUUUUACUCAUUUUUUUCCACUUCUUUUUUGGGAAGAUUCAGCUGCAUGAAUCAGCUGGUGUAUGAUAUGUAUCAUUAACAAUGGUUCUAAGAUAAAGAAUAUAUGUUAUUUACACCUUUGUAAAUAUUGUGGCUCUUAAA